CCUCCUUGCGGAAGCGAGUGGACGGUCUGUUGACAGCAAAAAUCCCACCCAGUCUGAACCUGCUUCUGGUAUGGAAUAUGGCAACAACUGAGACCCAGUUUAUGUUGAGCGUCGGAUUAAUCGAGAAAGAUGUGAAUGGAGACACGCUGUGGGUGUGGUGUUAUCCAUCUGUGGCCUCCGAACUGAGACAAGUCCUGCUCAGAAAGUGCUGUUUGACACAGGACAGCCGUGAUUUCCACACGUUUGUGUUCGGUCAGUUCUGCCGGACCUGGUACUACAUCACCACCGUGGAGGUGCAGGAACCUACAGCACUAAACAAGGUCACUCAUUUUUCAAUAGCCGUGACAGCAAAAGACUUUAACCCAGAGAAGUAUGCUGCCCUCAGCAGAAUACUCUGCAGGAUGUAUGUCAAAUACGGCAGUCCUGUGAAGAUGAUGGAGGCCUACAUCGCUGUCCUCACCAAAGGGAUUUGCCAGAGUGAUGAAAACGGCUCGUUUCUCAUUAAGGACCAUGACAUUCGGAAAGCGUACUUGGCAGGUUCAGUCAAAGAUGUGGUGUCCCAGUUUGGUAUGGAGACCAUCAUCCUGUACACCGCCCUGAUGCUGAAGAAGAGGAUCGUCGUCCAUCAUCCUCGGAUCGAGGCGCUGUUGGAGUUUACGAGAGUCCUGCCGGCUCUGGCGUGGCACCGAAAAGACUGGUCCAUCCUGCACCCGUACGUCCAUCUGAUGGAUGCUGAAGUGGAAGAUUUGAAGAAAUGCCCCGGAUACAUAGCAGGAUUUGUAGAUCCAGAAGUGAGCAGCAGAUCGGACUUGUUUGAUGUGUUCGUGAACCUCCCAGAUAGUGUCAUCACGGUGUCCCAGAGUGCCAAAGAGGCCAUGGCUAUGGGGAAGUUGCACAAAGACAUCGGCCAACUCAUCGUGCAGUCUGCAGAGGACGCCGACAGGUCCGAUAGUCAGGUGAUCAAGGACCUUUCCGUCAAGACUAAAGAAGUCCUCUCCAACCUGGUUGCUCUGGCCGACGAGUGCGAAGACUCAAAACUCACCCUGGAGGCUUUGAAGCGCCAUCAUUUCCCCCCGGCCACCGAGAACUUCCUCUUCCAUUUGGCAGCUGCCGAACAGCUCUUGAGGAUAUAAAGCAGCUCUCAGACGCUCUGCAGGACGAGGUUAGUGUCAGCAGCGUGGACUAUGGCUUGUGCUGGGAUGAUUACCGCUUUCUGACAAGCGCUUUGUCACACAAAUGUCCCCACGAAGAAACUAAAGUAUUACAAGCAGCAGAUUUUUAUCCUGCCCUGUUGUCCCAAGACCAGGAUGCUCUUUGUUAUAAAACUGCAAAAUACUGUACGUUUGGUUGUGUUUCAGAAUUGUCCUUUAUUUUUUAUCUUUUAUCUAACAAAUUCCUGUACUUAAUUAUGACUGAAUCCCACAUUGUGCAAAAUUUGAACUCUGUUUUGCUGAAAGAAGUUCUCAACGAAGCGCGACCUGCUGUCUGGGGAGCGUUUGUAGAAUCUGCUGUCCUCGGCUCUUUGGGAUAGCUGCACCUUUUUGAAAA